CUGAGAGAAGUGAAAAUAUACCAGAAGACAUCAAUGAAGAUGAUACAAACAGAAUAUCUUGGACGCCCCAAACAGGCCGAGCGUCUUCCCAAACGACGCUAUUAACGACUGAAGGUGGGUCAAGUUCAUCGAGUUCUUUAGGCUGGAGUGACGAGUAUGAAGGAUCCACUACAAAAAAAGUUUUUGAGGAAUUGAAGAGAAUGGAUAGGGUGUUGAGAGGAGUAGAAACUGUACCACCACAUUAUGAUGUAGACGAGUAUGAGCAGUGGAUGAACAAAUUUCCCAACAUAAGCAUAUUCGACUGCAAUAAAACACCAGUAAAUUCUACACAGAACAUCAAUGAGAAGCUGGGAAAUGAAAUAAACAUUUCUUCUGUAUUUGGCUCGUCCGUCAUCUCAAGUAGAAACUGUGAUAUAAGUUCCUCAAACAAAAACAAUCCCAGGAAAAAACUUACACCCAUGAGAGCUUCUGAAAUCUCUCCCAGUAUAUUACUCAAUCAAAGGGGUGCCAACAUUACCAGGAAAAAAUCCUCGGAAGAGAGCAGACACAAGAACAAAAAUAUCUUCACAGUAUUCAAUAAAACGAAGAGUUGGGACUCUGAGAAAUAUCUGAAGAUAUCUUCGAUCAGUAGUAUUCUCAACGAAAGAAAACACUCGUCAAAAUCAUUGCUGAGCCGGCAAGUAUCCAAAGAAUAUCAAGAAUCCUCGUUGGAGUUUGGUUCGUUACCGUUUAUAGAAGUAGAAGAACCGCCAUCUGUGAAAUCAUCUCGACACUACAAUAAACAGUCGGCAACUAGUCGGAAGGAUCCUACUGGUGAUUUAGUUUUACCUCCUAUAGAUGUCGGUGAUCAUUUCAGGUCGAUUUCUGCCACUCCGAGACAACCUGUCAAAACUUUUUCGGCUCUGUCAGUGAAUUCCAAUAUUUUGCUGGAAAGAAAAAAGUGAAGAGGAAAUCGUUGAAUGUAUUUUUGGAAACGCCCGUGAGCAGCGACGUGCAAAGAAAUAAUUUCUUUCGUUGAAAGGUACAAUAUAUUAUGGUUGAUUUGUA